AUGGAGGAUUGGAAUGAGGAACUGUUUAUAGCUGGUCUGCAUGGAGAUAUAGAAGCCUUAAAAUUAAGUCUACAGAAUGGUGCAGACAUUGAUUAUCAUGAUGAGGAAGGAGAGACAGCAUUAAUGUUGGCUGCCAGGGGAGGACACCUGGAGAUCUGUCGUCUCCUCAUUGAUAAAGGAUGUAAGAUCGACAUCACAUCAGGUGAUGGAGAGACAGCAUUAAUGAAGGCUGCCUUUAUAGGACACCUGGAGAGAGAUGGAUGGACAGCAUUAAUGGAGGCUGCCCAGUGGGGACACCUGGAGAUCUGUGGACUCCUCAUUGAUAGAGAAUGUAAGAUCGACAUCACAUCAACAAGAGAUGGAGAAACAGCUUUACAUUAUGCUGCUCAGAGAGGACAUCUACAGAUCACAAGAUGUCUAGUAGAACAAGGAGGUGCCAGUCCCUUGGUUACAACACAUGAGGUAAUAUUUUAUAGUAUAUGA